AUGGUUGAUCUUUUACAUAUUGAGAUACCAUUUGUGUCUACUUGGAGAGAGGGGAUGAAUUUGUGCAAAGGGUUGACUUUUGCCAAUAAAGUGGGGGUGAAGUGUGUAUUAACGCUUUAUGCCCUCAAGGAAAACAAACAUUUUAUGAUCAGUAGGUCGACGAAGAAAAAACUUUGUGCGAAAUGCGUGGAUGAGUCAUGCAAGUGGUAUGUCUAUGGAGUCAUGAAGCCCAAUUUCCACGGACUAUGGAUGGUCACUGUGUAUGUGGGUCCUCACACGUGUAUACGGAUUGGGGUGCGAAAUGAUGGUAGAAUGAUGAAUUGUAAUUUUAUUGCAUCAAACAUCCUUAAGAAGUUAUGUGAGGAUCACACUACCCCAAGUAAGCAUCUCAGAUCUAUGAUAGAGUUGAAAUAUAAGGGUCAUAAGCCUUCUUACUACAAGGUAUGGGAUGCGAAACAAAAGGCAAUUGGGAAGAUGUUUGGGAAUUGGGAAGAGUCUUACCAAAGGUUGCAAAAGUUGCUAAUACAAUAUAUUGAUCAGGAUCCGACUACCCAAGUGUUUUAUCGUACCACACCCACCGGUGAAGAUGACAUCGUAUUUUUGCAUUAUGUGUUUUGGUCUUUUGGUCCAUGCAUUGAUGGAUUCAAGUAUUGCAAGCCAGUUAUCAGUAUUGAUGAGACCUAUCUGUAUGGUAAAUAUCAAGGAAAGUUGUUGGUCGCAAGGGCAACCGAUGCCAACAACAAGGGGCCCUAA